UUGUUUUCGUUGUGAACCAGGAAGCUCUCUUCUUUAAAAAAAAGAAAUAGGGCGUGUAGCACAACGUUCACAGAGAAAUACGUUGCUUUUUCAUACACUGGAUUUUUUUUGAGAACGUACAACUAUAUACAGUUUUAACACGUAACUUUAAGUUCCUCGGCAAGGAAAAAAAAAGACGUCCUGCCACAGGAUCCUGCAUGGUCGGCCUGUCGUGCAGAGAUGGCGUUGGAGGAAGGGGCGCGGAGCUGUCUGCUGCGCUCUCGCCACAGGCUGGAGCAGGACAUCAAGCCCUCCUACCUGAUGGACCACAUGGUCAGUGAUGGUGUGCUGACUGUGGACGAGGAGGAGAGGAUCCGGACCCAGCCCACCAGGAAGGAUCAGGCUGUGGCCCUGCUGGAGCUGCUGCUCAGGAAGGACAACCGUGCCUACAUCUCCUUCUACAAUGCAAUGGUCAAGGAGGCUUACAAUGAUUUGGCUAAUCUGCUUCACCGUGACCUGCCCCGCGUGUUACCUGAGGCACAUUUCCGCCUCUCUGAUUGCUGCACACCUCACGUCCAGGCGGUGCUCAGUGAAGGCGGCGUGCCACAGAGGCCCGUGGUGUUUGUCAGCAGACCGGAGCUCGUGAACCGCGUCCGGGAGAAACUCUACCGGCUGCAGAAGGAGCCGGGCUGGGUCACCGUCUUCGGCAUGGCUGGCUCGGGCAAAUCCGUUCUGGCUGCCGAGGCCGCCAGACACCACGGACUCCUCGAAGAGUGCUUUCCCGGCGGAAUCCACUGGCUGUCCAUCGGCCAGCUGGACAAACCGGACUUGCUGGUGAAGAUCCAGUUAUUGUGUUUCCGCCUGGAGCAGAGCCUCGACUCCCAGUCCCUCCACCGGACCCCCAACACUCUGGACGAGGCCAAGGAGCGCCUGCGCUUCCUGAUGCUGCGCAGAUACCCGAGAGCUCUGCUGAUUCUAGAUGACAUCUGGGACAGUACAGUGCUGAAAGCGUUUGAUCUCCACUGUCGGAUACUUUUGACCACCAGGAACAGAAGCCUCACUAACUCUGUUAGUGGCGCCAUAUACGAGGUGGAAGUGGAGAGUGGUCUGGAUGAGAACAAGGGGAUGGAGAUCCUCGCCCUGUACACGAACACCAAACUCCACGGACUUCCUGAGGAAGCUCGCAGCAUCGUCAGAGAAUGCAAAGGUUCCCCACUGGUGGUGUCCCUGAUCGGGGCUCUGCUCAAAGAGAAACCCAACCGCUGGCCUUACUACCUCCGCCAGUUGCAGCAGAAGCAGUUCAAGCGCAUCAGGAAGUCGUCGUCUUACGACUACGACGCCCUCGACCAAGCCAUGGCGGCGAGCAUCGAAGUCCUCCCCGAUGAACAUCGAGAACUCUACAAGGACCUGACCGUGCUAGAGAAGGACAUCAGAGUCCCCGCCAAGGUGCUGUCUGUUCUGUGGGAGCUGGAGCCGGAGGAGGUGGAGGACAUUCUCGAGGAGUUUGUCAACAAGUCUCUGCUCUUUGUGGACAGUCACAACAAGCCCUACCUGUACUACCUCCAUGACCUCCAGCUGGACUUCCUGGUUGAGCAGAAUCGCACCCAGCUGGAGAGCCUCCACAAAAAGGUGGUGCAUCAGUACCAGCAGCACUACAGAGAUGGCCCCCCCACCUCAGGAGAUGAGGACUGUCUCUACUGGAUCAGAUUUCUGACCUACCACAUGGCCAAAGCCAACCUCUUCCAGGAGCUCUACUCGCUCAUGUUUUCUCUGGACUGGGUCAGCACCAAGGCCCAGUUGAUGGGUCCGGCUUUCCUCAUCAACGACUAUGUGGAGUACGGACCCAUCCUGGACAAAGAGAACUGUGAGGUGCGGAGUCAGUUCCAGGAGUUUCUGUCUCUGAGCGGCCACCAGCUGGAGCAGCGUCCUUUCCCCGACGUGGUGCAGCUGGCUCUGUCGCAGCCGCACACGUCCGAGGUCUACAGACAGGCUCUGCUGCAGGCCCGGGACCAGGCCGGCACGGGGAAACUCUACUUUGAGUGGCUGAAUAAGAGCAGCGUCGAGAGCCUGUCCCGUCUGGUGAUCCACCCCCACCAGGGCUCCAUCUACUCCGCCUGCUUCUCCCAAGACGGAGCCAAGAUCGCCUCCAGUGGAGCCAGCAAGACGCUCAAGGUGUUUAAAAGCACCUCCGGUGAGAAGCUCGCAGAGAUCCAGGCGCACGACGACGAGGUGCUCUGCUGUGCCUUCUCCCCCGACGACCGUCUCCUAGCAACCUGCUCCAGCGACAGGAAAGUCAAGGUGUGGAACGUGGAGAGGGCCAUCCUGCUCCGGGUCUUUGAGGAGGAGCACGAGGAGCAGGUCAACCACUGUCAGUUCACCAACACCACGCGGAGCCUCCUGCUGGCCACCUGCUCCAACGACAACUUCCUGAAUGUCAAGCUGUGGAACCUCAACAAACCGUCCUCCCAGAACACCAUGUUUGGCCACUUUAAGCCGGUCAACCACUGCUGUUUCUCCCCCGAUGACACCUACGUGUCCACGUCCUCCAACGACGGCACCGUGAAGCUGUUCCAGGUGGCGUCCGCCAACGAGUGGAAGACGAUCAGCGUGAGCGACGUGUUUGCGGAGAGUGACGAGGACGUCCUCGUCAAGUGCAGCACCUGGACCGCGGACGGCAAGCGCAUCGUAUGCGCGGCCAGGAACGCCGCUCUGGUGUUCGACGUGGAGACGUCGGAGAUGUUGUUGGAGAUCAGAACGAAUCGCCUGAGCACGGUGCAAUACUGCCACGCCUGCCCUACCAGUAACCUGCUGGCGAUUGCGCUCUCAAACUACACUGUGGAGCUGUGGGACUUGGAGGCCAAUAAGAAGAUGGCCGACUGCAGUGGUCACCUGAGUUGGGUGCAGCGUGUCCAGUUCUCUGCUGACGGCUCACAGCUGCUCUCCUGCUCCGACGACCAGACUGUCAGGCUGUGGGAGACUAAGAAGGUGCACACCUCCUCGGCCGUCUGCCUGAAAAGAGACUCCGACGUCCUCUUCAACGAGGACGCGAUCGUGGUGUCGGCCGCAGACUACUGCAACCGGCUGCAGGUCCGUGAUGGCCGGACGGGAUCGGUGCUGUUCCAGUCGGAGGAGAAGUCGUCCAGGAUCCGCUGCACGUGCAUGUGCAGACGGCCCUCCGCUGUGGCCCUGGGCCAGGAAGACGGCACCGUGCAGGUGUUGGCGCUGCCCUCCGGGGAGCUCCUCGCCGCCCUGCCGGGACACGCCAAGACGGUGCUGCACUGCCGGUUCAGCCAGGACGGCCGAACCCUGAUCACGUCCUCCGAGGACGCCACCUUGAGGGUGUGGAGGUGGCAGUCCGGCGAGUGUAAAGUCCUGCAGGGUCACAAGGAGCAGGUCAGACGCUUCUCGCUGCUCGCCACGGACACACGACUGCUGUCCUGGUCCUUUGAUGGCACUGUCAUGAUGUGGGACAUGGAGAGCGGGGAGAAGCUGCAGGACAUCGAGGCUCACCGGGGAGCCGUCCUGUCCUGUCACGUCUCGCCAGACGCACGCCACUUCGCCACCACCUCUGCUGACAAGACUGCAAAGUUGUGGCACUGUGAGUCCUGGCAGUGCGUCCACACGCUGAGCGGCCACCAGGACUGCGUGCGGAGCUGCCGCUUCUCCUGGGACAACCGGCGCCUCGCGACCGGAGACGACAACGGAGAGAUUCGGCUCUGGAGCGCCGAGGACGGCUCCUUGCUGAGGAUCUGUUCCCGUGACGGUAAAGACGGCAUGGACUCGCUCCACGGCGGCUGGGUGACCGACCUGCACUUCUCCCCGGACGACUCCCUUCUGGUCUCGAUCGGCGGCUACAUCAAGUGGUGGGACGUGGGGAAAGGCGAGGCCCUGCAGACCUUCUUCCCGACGGGGACGGCGUUGAAGAGGAUCCACGUCUCCGCCGACUUCUCCACCUUCGUCACCAUCGACAGCAUCGGCAUCCUCUACAUCCUGCAGAGGGUGCUGUGAGGCGUCACGGCUGUUUAUUAUUUAAUUUAUUGGGUUUUUAAUGGUCCUUUUUCUUGGGUCUUAUGGAGCGAUCUACUCAAACACUCCAUCACUCAGGACACCUGCAGGAGGUCCCAGACACACCUCCACUGCACAGGUGCACCAUCGCAGCUCUCAGUCUUAAGAGGAAGACGGUGGAUACGAACAUUAUGUAGAUAAAAUAGAUUAAAAUCUCUCUGGGUAAAACCAAAGGAAAGGUGCAUUAAAAAAACCGCAACGUGACGAUCAGGCCCUUUAAUCAUUGGUGCCUAAUAAAGAGAUCGAUAUCGAUAUCAACGGGCUAAAGAUAUCCUGUGUGUGUGUGUGUGUGUGUGUGUGUGUGUUGGAUGAUUUGUGUACUUUUUCUAUCCACCAGCAUAGAUUCGCGGUGCACUUUGAUAGACGUGAAUAAUUGAUAGCCAGAUUAAAUUUUUAAUGAUCAGGCAUUUGGACUUGAAUCCACAAUCUUCUGAAAAAGCCUUCAGAAUCUCUCUCUGCACUGUGUGAUUUAAAAAAAAAAAAAAAAGUACAAUUACAUGUCUACUUGUUAAUGUUAAAAGGGCAUAAAUGUGAAAAUUAUUUAGUUCUUUUUUAUCUACAUUUUAUUUAUUUUUAAACACGUUGUCGAGCUACUGAGCCUUUUUUUUUUCCCUGUUUGCAGCACUUGGAGCAUUUUAGUCAAAAUCUUUAAUGAAAGAGUUUUCGCUGAUGCAGCUUUGUGCAAAGUAAAGAUUUUUACUGUCGUUUGACAGAUGAGUGCUUAUUAUUCAUGGCAGCGAUACUCGAGCAAUAAGCACAUACAGGGAAUAAAGUAAAAGAUGCUUUUUCAAACAUUUGUGAACGAGGCCGCUGUCGUUUUUCACGUCGUGCUUUUAAAAGUCUGCAUAAACUGUAUUGAUUCAGUGGUGUAACGCAACGGGUAAUUUAUAAAAGUUUAAACUACA